GUCUGAGGAGGAGCAUCUGUAUCAGUGCCCAGAGCGUGAUGGACGGGCGGCAGGUCGCUAUAAAACACACAUUGUCCUCCCGCAGAGCGUAAAGUUAGGUGACCGCAGGGUCUGGCUGGGCGGCGGAGGCGUGUCGCGUUUGCCCUUGAGGAGACUAUUGGCUGCCGCAGGAGAAAGCGGAGGAGAGGGUAUACUAGCAAAAGACGGGGGACGAACAAAUGGCCAACAAGAGGUGAUGGAUCUUUGGAGAUGCUCGGUAAAUGACUGAGGCUGACCGAGAGUGAAGUUCAACCCCGGCGAGAUCCGCUGUUUGCGGGAAAGCAGGUGUCUGUGGUCAUUGCAGUUUUAAAAUGGAGUCCACUCACCUCCUGAGCAGCUCGAAGAAGAGGGUAAAGAUCCACCCUCACACAGUCACAGCCAAGUACGCCACGCACACCCCCUACUCCCCUCAACCUGGAGUACACACACACUUCCCCCAGCCAGGGGACGAGGGCUACGAUGACGCUCCGUCUUUUGAGGACUUUGGCUCCUUCCUGGAGGAGACUUCAGACAAGAAACAGCUGACGGAGGGCAGGAAGUGGCCCCUGACUCUGUUUGGGUCCAAAGACAAAGACACGACUAGCAAACCUCAGGCUGCCGCAGGAGGAGAUGGCAACGAGGGGGGAGCCAGAGCAGCCAAGGGGGCUGGGAAAGGAGUAGGGGAACAGCUGGCCAGUUUCGGGGAGGCGUCUGUGUCUGCGUCUCGGCUCACCUGGGUCGGGCUGCUAGGUGCGGCGCUGGCGCACGGCUGUUUGAUUGUUUUGACCCGCGUGGCCUCUGAACGCUUCAGCCUGGGCCCCCUGUUUCUGCUCUUGGUUCGGUCCGUCGUCCAGCUCCUUUCUGUGGCCGUACCACUGCACAGGGGGGAGAACCCUUUCGGACCGGCGGGCUACCGUCUACGUCUGCUCUGUUACGGCGUCGCCUACUCUCUCUCCCUCUGCUGCGCCUACGCCUCCUUAACCUUCGUCUCUCCCGGAAACGCCACGACAACCUGGCGCCUGGCGACCACGGCGCUGUCAGCGACCCUGGCCUUCCUGCUCCUGGAGGAGAGGCUUGGAUUGGCUGAUGGGAUCACCAUAACUGCAGGACUGUGCGGUUUGGGGCUUGUGUUACUUCCCACAGCGGACGAGAGCAACUCAGAUUCACCGACUGACCCGGUCGUGUUCUGGAGGGGUGCGUUUGGUUGGUCUCUUUCAGCUCUUGCAGGGCUGUGGAUGGCUUUGGCACUGGUUGGGUAUCGCUCCCUGAAGGAGAGGGUGGGAGUGGGCACAGCUUUGUUCACAGUAAGCUGGACGGGCUGCCUGCUCGCCCCGGCCUCCUUGGCUCUGCUCCAGGAGGGCUGGUCCUGGCCUUUGAGUGCCCCAGCCUGGUGUCUGGUCCUGGGCCUGGUUGCAUGCUCGGUAGCAGCCUUUCUGGGGAUGACGCACGCCCUCACCCGACUCCACCCUGCUCUGGUCUCUGCCUCUCAGAGCCUGGAGGUACCCGUUGCCAUGCUGCUGCAUCUGGCGGUGCUGCCAUUGGCUCCCACCGCGCCGGAGGUGGUCGGGAACGUGAUGGUCAUACUGAGCGUCGGUUGGCUGGUGGCGAUAAAGCUGCUGCCAGCCCGUGGGGGAGGGCGGCGCCAAAGGGAAGAGUAUGAGGAGAUUCUGGACUCACCUAUCAAAUAGGCAUCUCUUCACACCUCCUCUUUGUCUUCCCCUGACUCCCUCCAUGAUGAGAUUGGUUCCGGUGUACAUAAGAGACUGCUAAAUGUUUAUUGGAGCUUUAUCGAUUUUGUAUUGCCGUCUUUGCUUUUGAGAAAGUGCCAAUAUUGUGUUGUCUGUUAAAGUGACUAUGUGAUGUGACAUUAAAAUCUCUCUGUUGAACACGAUGCAUUCCUGAAGCCACUCCUAAUUAGGAUCUCACCUCCUUCAGUGUGUGUGUGUGUGUGUGUGAGUGAGUGAGUGAGUGAGUGAGUGAGUGAGUGAGUGAGAGAGAGAGAGAGAGAGAGAGAGCGUAUUGGCUACAUUUCACAGGAGUGUCAUGUCAGUCACUUUUACCAGCCAGCUGAGGGUUUGCCAAGGAUUGAUGCCAUCUAUUUGGCUGCUGGCGAACGAGCGAGAAAACAAGAGAUGGGAGGCACGAGAAAGGAGCGAGACACAAUGAAAGGAAGAUAAAUGCUGGUAGAGCGAGAGAAGAUGAUGGGAUUGGCAGACAGAUAAGACGCAAGAGAGAAAGGAGAGUGAUGGCAGAUGAUGAAACAGAGGUGAAAGAGAAGGAGGCCGGGGUAGAAAGUUGGGCUGCUGGUCGCUGGGUAUUGUGCUGCGUGUCUGGCUAGCUGGCUGAUUCUGACACUGUUCUUUGUGUCUUAUACCUAAAUGUCAGACACAUAAGCACCGUCACUCGUCUUUUCUGGGCCUCUCCUCCUCUAUUUUACUCAUCGUUAGCCUCCUGCUUUCCUUUUCUCUUCUUUGUAUUUGUGUUAAAAAAUGAAUGAAGCGCCAACAUGAGAUGACACGACGAAGCUAUUGAAACUGAUUUAGUAGGAAGUCUUUGAAGUCUUUGAGGAAAGACACACACACACACACACACACACACACACACACACACACACAAAAAGGCAUGGGCACAAGUAUCCAUUCAUGCCAUGGUUGUAGGCCUUUCAUUAGAGAAAAAUGAUGUGAUGUCAGAAGGCUGGCCUAAUUAAAAUCACAUUUGGUUUAAAUAUGAUUUAUUGCUAUUUUAUUUCCUACAUUCGGUGGAAUGUAACGUUUUACAUUUAGUCACAAUCUGUAGGUACUUGUACUGUAUUUUACGUGUCUCAAUAUACUCUACUACAUUUUAGAGUAACAUUUAUUUGACAGCUAUAGUUACGAGUUUCUCUGCCGGAUAAGAUUUGACACACAGUUAAGUAUGAUGUUUUGUGACAGAUUAAACUACCUAAAUGUAUAUUAUAAUUAUAAUAAUUAACACAGAACGUACCUCCAGUCAAUAUCAGCCAUUGUGUGGUUCAGAACAAUGAAUGUGUGUGUGUGUGCGGUUGCAGGAGGGAUGGGCUGGCGGCAGUGUAAUAGCUCUGGCAGGGUUUCAUUCAGCAUAAACACUCUGAGCAUCGUAAGUUGUGGCCUCUUUGCAUCCAGACACUCUUAAAGCAGCUAAUGAGAGGGAGAGACCUGCCCAGAACUGAACACCAUCCAAAACCUCUGAGACACUUCCUUGUGGCUGUCGGUAUCUGCAGACACCACCACAACUACACAAACAUUGAGGUGGUGGUGUAAGGAUACAACACAUGCACUGACGAAUGAAAGUGUGGGCAUGGGUGUGAACAUCUGAAAAUGAGUUGAUUACUGCGUGGGAGGAGGGAGGAAACCGUUCCAGGAGGCUGAUUAGGUCGAUUAAUUCGUUUUUAUUCAUUACAGUGAAGCCACAACAUUUAUGGUACAUUUAAAGUCAUUGUCACCAGACAAAAACAUGCUCACAAGUAAAAAAGAAACCGAGUAUGUGCAAAAUCAUUACCACAGUCCCCGGUACAUCUUAUAUUAUUUUUUGCCUGUUGGCAAUUCAUGUGUCUCCUCUGUCCUUCCUGCCUGCUCCAUCAGUCUGCUCAGCUGCAGGUGAACCUUCUGCAGCUCUGUUGUUGCGGCAACCAGGGCCUUUUCCAUUGUGGCCAUGUCCUGCAUCUCCAGGCCAGAUGUGAAUGGCUUCAUUCCCAGGCCAAAUGCUGCCCCUAAACCCCCAGGUCUUGGUGUUGGUAGGCGCCCCAUCCCACUGCCUGUUGCUCCAGAAGGCACCGCUCUGUGGCCUCCACCUUCCUCCAGCCGUUUCAGCCGGGCGUUCGCCUCAUGGCCACUGUGCAGAAGCCGGUGCAACGUAGCGUUCAACCUUCUCUCCCUCUCUGCGUCCUCCUCCCGGAGCUCCAGCAAGCCUUGUUGCAGUCUGGCAUUCACCUGCUCGGCUCGUGCCCUGCAAGAUGACUCCAGGCUGGGUAGACACUGCUGGCAUGUCACCUCGGCCAGCUUGUCCAUCUGUGUCCUGAAAGAGACCAUACCUCCGCAGCAUUGCUCCAGAGACUCCAGCAGCAUGUUCUGCCUCAUGUUGGAGUCCUCCAGAGUGAUGAAAAGCUUGUCCCAGCGGGAGACAUCUGCAGCCUGGCAUGGUGUGGUUGGAGUUUCUCCUGUAGACAACAACCAGAGGGAUGCAUCAGUUAUAGUUGUGCAAUUAUGAGAAAUAAUGGGGACCGAAGGAUAAAGUAAAGGGAAACAAAAAUAAAGUUGGGAAAAUGCUUAUUUUCUGGCGGACCUAUGCAGUAAUUAUGGUGUAACGCAAUUCACAGUUACGAUGAAUGUGUUUGCCCUUUGCUUAUGGCAAACUGCAAGUUACUACCUAAAGUUUAUUUAUAUACAGUGGUUCCGCGUUAAAGAAAACAGUUACAUGCAGCAUCUAAUUUACUUGAGUAUAGUGUUUUAAAUUAUUUUGAUUUAAGGAUUUUAAUUUCAAAACGUUUUGUUAUUCAUCUCACUUAGUAGUAUUUAAAACCCAUAGCUUUGCUUGUUAAAGUUAAAAUGACCUGUGAGCGGACAUUGUAUUUAAUCUAUUUUGAUGUGAUCAGAGAGAGCAGAGAUAGUAUCUUCUGUCGAGGGUUUUACAUAAGAAAUGUACAAUGCAAGUCCCUUCUAUGAUCUGUACAAAAUUAUAUUUAUGUUGACUUUAAAAAAAAAAGAAGUAUAUAGUUAAUAGAAGUGGACCAACAAUACACCCCUGCGGGACACCUUUGCUUACCCUUCAAAACUAAUAAAUCAAAGUGUGAGGAUGUAUUCUUAAUCAAAGCAAAUGAGAUUUAUUUGAUUGGCUUAUUGAAAUUGAGCAUUUCAGCUGAGGACAAAUUCUUCACAAAGACAAAGCCAUCUGUUCAAGCAAGCAGGGAAUAAAAGAGACGAAAGUACCAACAAACAUAACUCACCGUCCUGGUGGCCUGGAGAGAUCUCGUUGUCAUAGUUGUCUGCGUAGUUCGCUUGAUACUCAAGCUCAUUCACACACAAGGAUGCACCCACCAAGCCAAGCACACACAGCACACGCCAGAUCCUGAACACAUGCAUGAUGAAGCUCUGAAUGUGUUGCUUUUUUAAAAUAUCAUGAAAGUUGUGUGUUCUUCACCCAGUUUUGCAGCUGCUCCCUCUUCACUAUAUUUAAAGUUCUUCACACUGAGCCAACUGUCGCGGGUGCUGGCUUAUAAACUCAGCGCAAGGGAAGGAGGGAGGUGGAGGAGGGUGGGACAGAGGUGGGGGUGCUGUGGAGGUUGGGUGAGUAAUGCUUCAGUGGAGGUAAUAUGUCAAAAGUCAAACUGAGUGGGGAAAUAUAGGGGCAUUAUGAGGAAAGAGAGGGUGAGUUAAGGGGCACAGGGAAAGCUAUGGUGAAUAGAAAGGGAUGGAGGGAAAAGAAAACUGUUGCUUAAAAUAACUGAAACAUAUGGAAGUAAAAAUAACCUAUCAUUUUACUUGAUUUGGUGCAGGCAGUAGCUUAUUAUGGCUUGUGUUAUAUAUUGCUGUAACAUAGAUAUUGUUAAGAUAUUAUAAGAUAUAUAUUGCUGUAUAACUGACAUAACUGGGGCAGUUUGCUGACUUGUACUGUUACAGUAGGUUUUUAGCAUUAUCCCAGAACUGGCUGCUGUUCAGCAGCAGCUAUGAAGACUCACUUAAGUAUUUUGAUUCUCAACCUAUCUUACAAGUGUUCGUCCCUACCUAAUUUCUUGAUAUAUUUGGGAAUAUUUGAGCUUUAAAAUCUGUCAAGGUUCAGCUUUAUUGUCAUUAACAAGAGGAUUGCACAAUGACACAUAGUUUUAGCGACACAAAUAGAAAUUGUAUAAAUAAGAUGAAGAAAUCAAAUUUAAACGGAGUGAAAAUUUGUAUUAAAAUAAAUACAGUAGUAGUUGUAGUAUAUAUAGUAAAUUAUUCUAUAUGUAUGUAGGACAUGGGUUAGGUAUAUACCAAACUGAUUUAAAAAAUGCUCUAUACCAGGCUAAUCAAUGGGCAAAAUCUAAUAAUCAUUGUCAUUGCAGGAAGCGUACAUCGCUGUGAGUGCCACUGGCCUCUACCGCCAUUGUUAACAUCAUAGUGUUCACAGGAUAUUUCAGUCCACACUCUCGCUCUAGGUCUGUCUGCCUUUUCAAGAUGAGCCAGAGUCACUCCCUGCUCCAUGCAUCAACACCAAAUCCCUUAGCCAAAAUAAAUUGCAACAUUGCAGAAUCUGGAUUAUAUUUUGAACUUGCAAUGACUAUGUUUUUACCACUUGAAAUUAAAUAUUGUUGCGAAGCAACACUGCAAUAUUUGCUUUCUGGCUGUAUUUUGUUGCCUGGCUCCCCUGUUGAUUAAACAUCCCAAAAGGAAGAAUUAGAAGGCCAAAUGAUUAUUCUUACAGACAGAGUGCUGUGGUCAACAGGUGUUGGGGUUAAGCAGCAGAAGUAUGACAAGUCAUGGUCAGAGGAAAAACCUUGACCUCUCUACUCUCUGCAGAGCUCCAGAUGGAGCUCCCCCUGCAGAUGUCAGCAAGUCUGCCAGUAACUAUGUAUGAUUUUCUCUGUUUGGCAGCUUGUAAUAGGAGCAGAGGGACUAAUUGGGAUGGAAGCUGGCAGGUUUAUCUCAGGAAAACAGAACCUGCAGAGGAAGAGAUGGACCGACAGAGAGAGAAAGGAUAGUUGGUGAGGAAAGCUAGAGAGGGACAGAGGAAACUUGCAUACUUUUUCCUUUCCUCAUUGCAACAUUGUGUGCAUUUCCCUGGCCCACUUCCAUUAAAUUCAACAAUUAUGAUCCCCUCAAGAAAGCAAUACACUUAUAUGAUCUUGCAGUUGUGAUACAGGUGUCAUACAAAAUUCAGUUUAUGCAUGUCAGAAACAGUUGGUGUUUUCAUCUUUUUCCUCUAUGAAAGUCGGAUUUGAGGAGAGUAUCAGCACAAAUUCUGUUCAGAUCGGAGAGAAGUAGAACAGAUCAUGUCGUCUGGUUUGUUUCAAUGAAACCAGAGAUGUCAGGGAAACUGGGACAGUGGGUGUUAUCAGCAGAACUUCAUAGGCUAAAAUAUAAAACACCAACAGGACUUUAAUUUUGAAUAAACACAUACUAACACUAACUCAGCAAAGUUCGCUAACAAAAGCCAGUUUUAUGAGAACAGAGUGUAUCCUCGUUUUAUACCCAAUAUGUAGAUGGGGAGGAGAGGAAACCAUGGAGAUAUGAUUAGAAAACAGUGUACUGCAAAACAAUAGAGCUAUUGUAAGAAUAUAACAGACUUCUAUGUUUAAAAAUAGUGUAUGGUAAUGUUAUAGCUUACUGCUGUACUAAAAACUGCAGUGAGAAACAGUCAGGAUUCAAAAUAAUAGCUACCUGACCUAAGAAAAGCCUUUGAUACUGUGGACCAUGCCCUGCUGGUUUCGUAAUCAUCUCUCAGGUAGGACUGAAUGUGUCAAAGUCAAUGGGCACAGUUCAAACGGACUUACUAAAUGGAGUACCUCAAGACUCUGUGCUUGGCCCACUUUUCUUUUUUCACUCACUACCAUUUUUCCCUACUAUCACUCAACUCAAACACGUGCAGCAUGCAGAUAAAUACAAUUUGAUGUUGUUUUCUAAUCCUAAAAGGUGGCCUGUAGAUAUUGUGGUCAAUGUUAAAGCUAAGGGGAAGAGAACAGAAUGUCCUGGUUACAAAUAUCAAGGUAUUUGGUUUGAUAAAGGUAUUCUAUUUAUAGACGGUGUAGUGAAAACUCUGGUAAAUGACUCCCUGAUCUGUUCAGCCUAUACCAUCAGCUUUAUUUCAGUUUUACUACCUAUUUUAUGUAUUGUUUUAUCUGUUGCCUGUGUUUCUAUUAUUUUGUCUGCAUUGUGUUGUUCAGGUAUCGCUUGCAAAAGAGGUUUCCAACCUCAGUGGGAUUUAGCUGGUUGAAUUAAAUACAAAAUAAUAUACGGUACCUGCCCAUAGAAAUGUUAUCUGUGUCUGUGCCCCUCAGGUAGCAGACAGAACAGAGCCAAAUAUAAUUACAAACAUCCCAAUUCCCUUUAUCUGCUUUCCUAACUCACUCAUGUCAACCAGACCUGCAGAACAGUUUCCUUCCUGUAUCACACAAGAGCACACCAUCCAGAAAAGACCAGAGAGAGAGAGAGAGAGAGAGAGAGAGAGAGAGACAGAGACAGAGACAGAGAGAGAGAGAGAGAGA